AGGAGAAAACAAGCUAAAUGCUGAGGCAGAGAAGUUGAUGAAAGUUCAACAAGGGCUGAACCAUUAAGACAGUCUGCUUACAGCCGAUGUCAGCAUAAUCAGAGAUAAGAUUGAAAUAGCCAGCUUAGAGUACAAUGAUGCUCAGUGAGUUUUUUCAUCCUCGUAUUCAUGGUGCACUGAAGAUUGUCAAUGCACAUUUACUCAUCAAUUUAAAUCAAGUUGCUUGAGCUCACAUUACCAUAACAUUUUAUUUGUAAAAUAUUUUGUGAAAUAUUUUCGUCCAUUUAUUUUAACUCAUUCCCCCCUGCAAUGCUACUUCCGUAUUUAAUUUAUUUGCCUGAGAAAGGGAAGUAACCCCGUUUUGAAAUUGUUUACAUUUUUUAAAUAUUUAUUUAAGCUACUAAAUAUUAUUUAAUUUUAAUGAAUUAAGAACAAAUGCAACAAAAAAUGAAUAAGGUUUAAUAUAAAUAUAACAUUAGCGGGGAAAAAAUAAAGAACAAUGACCAAAAAAUUGAUUUUCGGCACCUCGGACAAACACAUGCUACAUAUAGACGCGCCAUACUAAAGCACACGUAGUUUUAAAGCGAAACAAGAUAAAAACUUCCGGUUUUUAAAUUAAAAUCACGCUGAACCACGCCAUCGCCGGAUGUCUCGAGGGAUGCGAGAUUUCAUUGCUAUUUUUAAAUAGAUAUGAGAGAGGUGUGUCGCUAUGCGCCGCGACGCAUUUGGACGCAUUCGGCGGAACCCGUAAAAGACACAUUUAGUCGCAAACGUCGGGAAUGAGUUAAAUUUCUCAGCUUUUUUAAGUAUAUUUUCAUUGGUUUGUUAAUAUUUCAGAUUCAUUUUCUUGGUUUGUUUCAUUAUUUUAAUCUUGUGUCAAUGUUUAAUAUUUUACUUUUGCGCAAUUUUUUUGGUUUGCCACCAGACAAGCUAAAAAUAAAAAGUUGUUUUUGAUUCUCUUUCUAGGAAAUAAAUGUCACCUACCUACAUCUAUUCAUCUGAUCUUAUCCAUUUUCAGAAAAUGCCACUUAUAUUUGUAUGGUGCCCAAUUGCUUUUAUUGUUUUUGAAUUGUUGAACUUAAAUGGCAGUCCAAUGUCUCUAGUUACUUUAGUAGCUGUUAGUCUUUUAACACAAUAAAUCCUUUUAUUGUACUUGACAGAAAACGCUAUGAGAGAGCAGAAAAAGAAUUUGUUGCUGCCAAAUUUGACUUGUUUUCUAAAUGGGAAGUGAAAGAGCAACUGACACAGCAUCUAUACACCAUCAUACACCAGAAUGAGGUGAGAAAAGCCAAGAAACUGGUCGAACUGAUGGAGAAGCUAGCAAUGGAUGUCACGCCUGAAGAAAUGGAAUUGACCAUACCAGCCAUCCCACAGCUGACAAACUUUACAGCAGUGGCAACCCUUCAUGACCCGCAUCCUGCCAAGGGUGAUGACAAAGGGGGUAAUGAAGGUAAUGGUGGAGCUCAGAAAUUAAGCAGAGCAGACGGAUUGGACGAUGCAAAUAUCUCUAAGCAGGAAGUUAACAGUAUGCUAUUCAAUGCUGUCUCAAAAGAAGUUGAAAGUGUAAGUGAUUUACCACCUGCAGCUCCAGUAUCUGAUAAGGAUAAUGUUGACACUCAGGCGAAUCAGGAUGGCUGUGAUCAGGUGCCAGCACCAACUAUAGAGCAUUCAGAUGCAAAAACUUCUAGUUUAAUUUCAAAUGAUGGUGCGCCUGAUGUCAAUAAAUAACAUUUCACCCAUCACAUCAGGAGAAAUAUAGUUGAGCUUUCAAAACAACAAGAAAUUGUGCUGGCACUUGGCCAGGAAAAUGAUGUUAUAUGUAGAG